ACACAAAAUAGGUAGUUGGAAGAAUUCCGAGCCCCCAGAGACAGCGGCCUCAGUAAAUCGCCAAUACUCCGGCCACUAUCAUUUCUCAGUUUGCUGACGAGGAAUACACCAGCCAGUCAGCGACCAACACUCAAUUGCCAAAACCUCAACUCCCUCGAUACACGCGGCAGGCAUCCGAGACCCUCGACCCCGAAGUGGGCUUACAACGAGAUACACCCUCUCGGUCUCUCCCGUCGUCAAGCGACAAAGGUCCACGGAAUCAUAUACAUCACACAAGACAACACCGCAAGCGACCAUGGCUCCCGACAACAUCCACUUUCUCGCCGUGUGCCGUUAUAUCACCUCGGUGUUCUUCUGCGUCUUAGCAUUAGCGGCCAUCAAGAUCUCGUACACGGUCCUCAGGCACGUCACGCUCGUGCUGCCCGACUUCGUCAGCGUCGUGCAGACCAAGGUCUGGACGUCCUUCCCCAGCAUCCCGCCGCGCGUACACGUCGUCGUUUUCAUUGUCUGCGUCCUGGUCGACCCCCCGUUGUUUCUUGUGUACAUUACGUGCAUCAUCUUCCUGCCGUUGUGGCUGGCGGCCAUUCGCAUCUCGUACGCGGUCGCUAGGCAUGUCAUCAUCCGCCUCCCGGCUUUCGUCGAGGUUCUUCCACUAGGCGGAACCUAUACCCUCCCUGUGCCUAGCGCGCAGGUUACCGGCUUCCAUAGAGUCAUGUACUUGGCUACCGUUAUCGUGGUUCUGAGACCAGCAGUGAAGAUCAUGUAA